AUGAGCUACACAACAUCACAGACACUCCAUGGCGAUUGGGGUAGCUCCGUUGCGGGGAGACUCGCCGGAGACUUGACCGCUGCUGCAGUGUCGGCAUCGCUGAUCGCGCCUACAGUGACUAUUAUUGAUCGAGCCCUUGUCGAACGAGCCUCGUCCAACAGACCUCUUCUCCAAAGUCUCCGUUCUCACAGCCUGGCUGCUCUGAAACGGCCGGGCGCAUUUGUCUUCUCCCGCCCAUUCGGUCUCGUAUGGACCUUAUAUGGAGCGACUUAUGCGGUCGCCAAUGGAACUGAAACCAUCACAAAAGAUAUUUGUCCAACCAGAGUUGACCCGAUUACAUUUGCCACAACAUUCAUCGUCAAUGUUCCUCUCGGUGUCUGGAAGGAUAUCCGAUUUGCGCAGCUCUUCGGAAGUCGCAUAGAAUCGAGCGCAAAGGAUGCUCUUCGUGUGUCUAGCAAGGUCGUCUCAAAAGCUGCCACGGCGACCUUCCUUCUCCGUGAUGGAGUAACUAUUUUUGGUUCCUUCACCCUAGCCUCCUGGUGCUCGUCUAUUAUCCCCGAUAGUCUUGCCUCCCAGCCCAGCUCAAAGACGGUCAUCACGCAGAUC